GAUGAAAGACAGUCAUACACAUCUGGGAUGGUGAGUAAAUGAUGAGAGAAUUUUUGGGUGAACUAUCCCUUUAACAAACAAUAUAACAUUACAGUCAUCUUAAACUAAUGUUAAUCUAGGGUUUGUCUCAUUCCACUCUCUAGUUGCCUAUAACAUCAAUCAGUAUAUCAUGAACACAAAUUUGAGCAGUUUAUCAUUAAAGUUCGUUAUUUUGUUUAUCAUGCAUCUUCUUUGUAGCUGAUAAAAAGUACAAUGCCAUUAUGAAACAUGUCCUUGUCCUUCAUUUCUGAUGGCUUGAGAGACUGACGAGAACAUGACAACAUUUCCUGUAAGUGAAUAUAGCGAGCAGCUAAUGCUCACUGUUUUUUAGAAUGCACCCUGUGAAUCUCUUGGUAGAUAAUGUCUCAGUGCACUGGAAUAAUUUUGUCAAUGAGAUAUCUCUAGAAAUGUCUCCCUUUCUUUAACAAAAAACAACAAAAAACAAAACAAAACAAAAAACAGCAUAAACACACACACCCACCCACAUACAUACAUAAAUACAUACUUAGAAAGACAAGCAGAUUAUGAACAUUAAGCAAAAAGAAAUGCACAAAGAAUAAGAGAAGACUUACAGGAUACACUAAAAUGCAGGUCUACUUACAAUAAGGUAAAGUGCAGAAAACAUAAACACCAAGAGAUAAUGUGAAUAAAAGAACAAGAAAAUAAAUAAACUUGAAUACACCGCAGCAGUUCAGAGAUGACAUUUCCUGUUAUAGAGGAAGCUGAAAAGGAGUGCAGGAAGAACAGGAGGAAAUUUUCAGUAGCGACGGCCAAAUAAUGUGCUAUCAGCACUGUCUGUGGUGCAACGACUGUCCACGGAGGUCUCCAGGUCUGAGGGAGAGAUACAGAAGACAGCAGAGAGACAAGAGACAGACAGCGAGCAGGACAUUCAAUUAAGACCAGAAGUCACAAAUAAAGCAAGACGGACAGAAACAAAACACAGAAGAAAGCUGAAUAAUAAACAUGAAAAAUAGGCCAGAAUCCAGUAAGGUUCCUGAAGUAAACAUCCCAUUUAUUUUCUUCAUAGAGAAAACUGAUUUUCAGCAAUAAUCUUUAAACCUUUAUAAAACAAACAUACAAUGAUAUCUGACAUUGUUAAGAAAUUAUACAUGAUCUAAGGCUAAGUCACAAGUCAGUGUUGUGAUUUAAAUCGCUUUUUUUUUUUUUUUUAAUCAUGUUUUAUUGCCAAAUUCCUGGUGAAGAACUACACUACCCAUGAUCCUGAAGAGAGAUCCACCAAUAAGAGAAGCUGCUGUUACCACGGAAGAGCUGAGCAGCGACCACCCACUCCUAAACUUUCAACACUCUCAAACUACUUAUAUAUUUGCAUAUAUCUGAAUAUUUUGCUAUUUUGCUAAUCACUGACUAUAAAUCAGUGGUUUUAUAUUCCAUCGUAUAUACCAUCUUUUUUUAUUAAACUAGGCUUUAUCAUCCGUACUGCUUCAUGGAAUUAGUAGUUAAUCUUUUCCUUCCAAUCAAAGUUUGUAAUGUUGUACAUAGGCGUAGAUUUAUGUAGGGAUGGUAGAGCCAUGUCCCUACCAACUUUCAGAAAAUCGGAUAUGUCCCAAACAACAUUUGGGCAAUUUUACCACACAGAAAAUACUUUGACUUUAUACUAUGUUUUUAUUUUCAUUUUAACAACUAUUAAAAGUCUCAGUAAAAUUAUUCAUGUAUAAAUUAUUGUCCUAGCUCUUCUGAAGCAGCGCAUAAAUGGUGUUGUCACGAGGCACCUGUUACUUUUCUCAGCACUGUUCAGAAUGCACCAAUCACAGUCAUUUGUAAGACUAUGAAAAAUUAUCAUUUUCUGGAGAUUACACAGGCAGAUUUCCAUUGGUAUCUUAAAUCCAAUCCUUGAAAUUAAUAGAUUUAAACAAGCAUACUUUUGGUGUAUAAAUGUUUCCUGUCAAAAAUGUUCUGAGUUUUGCAUGCAGCCCAAUGGAGGAUUCUGUCCGGUAAGCGCCCUCUCGAGGAAGACACCUUAAAAUUCAAACGUCUGUGUCAGAGGUGCAGGAUUUUAAGAUUCUGGCGGAGCUGGCACGCAUGAUCAGUGUUUCCAUGGGAACGUUGAUCGUGGAUGUUUCUUCGUCUCUGCCCGCGUGUCGGGAAUACGACUGCCCUCCUUCGUCUGAGCUUUGCUCUCUGCACCACACCACACUUCAACGGACUCUUCCUUCAGAUCUGCUCCUGACUUCCACAACGCAUACCUGUCUACAAACACACUCAUCCUUUGCACGCUGUGCGGCCACAAUGCGCACACAGACUUGUUUCCUCGCCUCCUGCUACUGCAGCCGCUGCUGGGAUUCCUAUACAUCGCCAGCACAGUUUAUGUUGACAUUUGUUGUUAAUAAAUCCUUUGAACUGUUCUUCUGCUAUUGGGUCUCUGUCUCACUCUGACAGAAUAAUCUAGCCAAACAUGGACCCAGCGAAGGAAUCUACUCUUCGCUCCACCCUCUUUCAGCAAGGAGCUCUGCUAGGGCGUCAACAAGAACAAAUCUCCGCUUCUAAUCGGGCACUGGAGAUUAUGGCAUUGCAGCUCACUGAACUCACCGCGGUGGUCCAACAACUCUCCUGAUCCCAGUCCCUCUCCUGAAACACCCCCAUCGGCCUCGACGGUUCACCAUGCCCCUUGGCGUCCAGAGGCUCACAUUCUUCCUCCCGCUCCAUUCUCAGGUGAGGUGGGUUCCGUUAGCACCUUUCUGUCUCAGUGUUCACUGUUCAUCACCCUACAGCCCUCUACAUUUGCCUCAGACACGAUGAAGGUCGCGUGUGUUAUCACGCUCCUCUCCGGAAGGGAUGGUGAAUGGGGAACUGCCAUGUGGGACAACAGGGAUCUGUGCUGCGCCACGUAUUAAGCUUUCUCCUCUGAACUCCGCAGAGUAUUUGAUCACAUGUCUCAAGGUUGGGAGGCGGGGAGGGUCUUAUCCGAACUGUCCCAAAGAGAUCGGCGAGUCGCUGACUAUGUGAUUGAGUUUCGCACUCUGGCCACUUCCUGCGAAUGGAACGACCACGCCAUGUGGGACCUGUUCUUGUGUGGGCUUUCCAACGAUGUCCAGGAUUACAUUUAUCCUUUGGAUCUCCCCACUCGUUUUGAUGACUUGGUGGACCUGGCUAUCCGAGUCAAUCAAUGCCUGACUCUAUGCUGUAAUCAACGUCGAUGCCACUCUUCACUCUCUAACCAUCCCCUUCUUUCCACUACUUCGACCAGGUCUCCUGAAUCUCACCCCAACACUGAGCCCAUGCAAGUUGGGAGAACCCUGAUGUAACAAGGAGAAGCAGCGAUGCCUAGUUAAUGGACUUUGCUUUUCUUGUGCCUGGCCGGGCCAUUUUUCUUCUGCCUGCCCAUUAAAAGACACCACUCAUCAGUAGGAAGGGGGUUACUGGUGAGCGCAACUCUGUUGAACAAAGCCCCCAGACUUUGUGUUCUUCUCCUGGCCCGGCUGCAAUAUGGCUCUGCCAGCCACACGGCUCUGCCAGGAAACUUCAUUGACAUCGACUUCAAAUGGCGGCUUUUCAGGGUCCAGCUGGACGAGCUCAUCACCGCCCCAACCCUCAGUGGUACACCCUUGUCAGUCAUCACCCAGUCUACCAAGCCAGUCACCCUCGUCUCUGGUAAUCACUCAGAACAACUGUAAUUUUAUCUUAUCCAAUACCCAUCGACCCCGGUAGUAUUGGGGUAUCAAUGGUUGGUAACACACAACCCACACAUAGAUUGGACAACCAACAAUGUUUUCACUUGGAGCUCUUAUUGUUUGUCACAUUGUCUUAACCCUGCUGUCUCCCCUGUCCAGUCUUGUGUUUCAUUGCAGGAUGAACCAGCAGAUUUGUCCGGAGUGCUGUUGACGUACCAUGACUUGAGAGCAGUGUUCAGCCAGUCCCACGCCGCGACCCUCCCUCCUCAUCGCCCGUACGUCUGUGCCAUCGAACUGCUUCCUGGCACCUCUCCUCCUCUGGGAUGGCUGUAUUCACUCUCAGCUCCUGAGAGGGAGGCCAUGAACAGGUAUAUCAAUGAUUUUCUGGCAGCCAGACUCAUCCACCAUUCCUCAUUGCCCACAGGGGUGGGGUUCUUCUUCGUGGAGAAGGAUGGUUUGCUUAGACAUCACAGUGUAGAAUCGUUAUCCUUUGCCGUUGAUGUCAUCAGCCUUCGAACUCUUGCAGGGGGCAUCCAUCUUUACGAAGUUGGACCUAUGUAACGCUUAUCACCUGGUCUGAAUCAGGAAGGAGGAUGAGUGGAAGACAGCCUUUAACACUCAUUGGGGGCACUUCGAAUAUUUGGUUUUGCCUUUCGGAUUGGUCAAUGCCCCUGCUGUCUUCCAGGGGCUCGUAAAUGAUUGUCAUAAAACGAUCGUUUUGUGUUUAUCUUGACGAUAUUCUGAUCUUCUCCCAGAAUGUACAGCACGUCAGGCAGGUGCUUCAGUGACUGCUAGAGAAUCGGCUGUUUGUCAAGGCGGAGAAGUGCGCUUUUCAUGCACAGUCGGUUCCAUUCCUGGGGUUCAUCAUUUCAUCCAAGGGAGUGCGUAUGGACCAUGCUAAGGUCAAGGCUGUCUCCGACUGGCCAACCCCAGAUUCUCAAUAGGCAUUGCAGAAGUUUCUGGGGUUUGCUAAUUUUUAUCAGAAGUUCAUUAGAAACUACAGCCAACUCGCUGCACCUUUGACGGAUCUCACCUCCACCCGCACUCACCCUGCGGGCUGAAGCAGCAUUUUCCAAACUAAAAAAGUGGUUCUCUUCAGCACCUUUUUUGAUAACGCCCAACUCUGCUAGUCAGUUCGUGGUGGAGGUGGAUGCGUCCGAGGUUGGUGUUGGAAAGGUCCUUUCACAGCGCUCUCCCUCGGAUGGAAAGAUGCAUCCAUGUAUGUUCUUUCUGCACCACUUAACACCGACUGAAUGGAACUACGAUGUCGGUAACCGAGAAUUGCUGGCUGUCCGGUUGGCCUUGGGCGAGUGGCAUCAUUGGUUAGAGGGUUUGGGGAUACCUUUCGCAGUCUGGACUGACCAUAAGAACCUAGAGUAUAUCCGUAGCGCAAAACGCCUCAACUCUAGACAAGCAUGCUGGGCAUUAUUCUUCACUUGGUUUAAUUUCACCCUUUUGUAUUGCCCAGGCUCUAAAAACGUCAAGCCCAGCUCCCUGUCUCGAUGCUUCAAAAUCGAGACCUCCACCAUCCCACCGGAUACCAUCCUACCUGCCUCUAGAGUGGUGGGUAUAGUAUCCUGGGAGGUGGAGGCUUAAGUCCAUGCUGCACUACAAAACACUGCACCCCUGCCACAUGCCCAGCGAGCAGGUUAUUUGUUCCACGGUCAGUUUGGACGCACGUCCUACAUUGGGGUCACUUGUCCAAUGUCGCUUGCCACCAAGGGAUCGCCAGCACCCAGGCACUCAUUAGACAGCAUUUCUGGUGGCCAUCGCAUUUCUGGUGGCAAUUCAUUGCUGCUUGCCCCAUUUGCAUGACUAACAAUACCUCCUGUAACCCCCCGGCCGGGCUCCUCCAACCGCUGUCUGUUCCUUUGUGACCCUGGUCACACAUAGCCAUGGAUUUUGUAACUGGCCUCCCCCCUCCCCAUGACAACACAGUCGUUUUGACUGUAGUGGACUGGUUCUCGAAGGCAGCUCAUUUCAUUCCCCUCCCCAAAUUUCCCUCAGCAAGGGAGACAGCGGUAGCAGUCAUAAACCACAUCUUCCGCAUUCAUAGCCUCCCAGUUGAUGUGGUUUCUGACAGAGGCUCCCAGUUUGUGUCACGUUUUUGGGCAGAGUUCUGUCGACAGCUGGGGGCUACAGUGAGCUUGUCCUCUGGGCUCCACCUCCAGACAAAUGGGCAAGCGAAACGGACUAAUCAGGAACUGGAAAAGACCCUGUGUUGUAUGGCCUCCCGUAAUCUGUGUUCUUGGAGUGAUAAUUUAGUCUGGGUCGAGUACGCCCAUAACUCCUUGCCGCCGUCGUUGUCUACGGGGUUAUCACCCUUCCAGUGUAGCCUCGGCUACCAGCCCCCUCUAUUCCCUGCUCAAGAGCCCAAUGUUCAGGUCCCGUCCAUACACGCGUUUUGCACACCUGGAAAACCGCCAGAGAAGCCCUCAUAUGGACUGCCGCUCGUGUCGAGAGGUCAGUGGACCAACACCAGUCUAAGCCCCAAGCUUACGUGUGCGGGGAGAAGGUUUGGUUGUCCUCCAAGGACAUUCCGAUCUGACUGCCCUCACAUAAGCUGGGUCCCAAGUUUAUCAGGCUGUUUCCCAUCACCAAGGUCAUUAGUCCAGUGGCGGUCCACCUCAAAUUACCACCUCACCUCAAGCGUAUUCACCCCAUUUUUCUCUAAAUUAAAACCAGUUUUUUGUUCCAAUUUGCACACCACCACUUCCAUCCCGGCGUAUACGGUCAGGAGACUGAUCGACGUUAGGUGGAGGGGCAGAGGGUACCAAUACCUGGUCGACUGGGAGGGCUAUGGACCUGAGGAGAGGUGUUGGGUCCCGGAUCGGGACAUCCUGAACCGUGCCCUCAUCAGUUUCACCUCCAGCAAGGUAAAUUCAGCUGGGGACGUCAGGAGGGGUACCGUCACGGUUCCGUUGAGUUCGCCGUUUUUUCUGUUGUUUUGUUUUUCUCUCUCCCUCAUGUCUCGCAGGUGGAGCUGGCAUGCAUGAUCAGUGUUUCCAUGGGAACACUGAACGUUCCCGGGGAAGCGCUGAUCAUGCCGCUGAUUAACGUGCUAGCUACACCUGUUCCACUCUGAUUGCACUCCCUACUUAAUCCUUGUGUGCCCUCACUGUCUUCGCUAGAUUAUUGCUUGUGCUGUCAAGCAUCUAACCUUGCUUUCUUUGUCUAGUUGGUGCCAUCUCGUGUAUCUGUUUGUUGCCUGUCUCUGCCCGCGUGUCGCGAAGUGCGGUUACCUUUCAGUCUGCCCACGAAUCACAAGUGGAGGUUUCUUUGUCUCUGCCCGCAUGUCAGGAAUACAACUGCCCUCCUUCAUCCAGGCUUUGCUCUCUGCACCACACCAUGCUUCAACUGACUCUUCCUUUGGAUCUGCUCCUGACUUCCACAACGCAUACACCUGUCUAUGAACACACUCAUCCUUUUCCUGCUGUGCGGCCACAACAUGCACACAGACUUGUUUCCUCGCCUCCUGCUAUUGCAGCCGCUGCUGGGAUUCCUAUACAUCACCAGCACAGUUUAUGUUGACAUUUGUUGUUAAUAAAUCCUUUGAACUGUUCUUCUGCUAUUGGAUCUGUCUCACUCUUGCUCUGAUACCAGUAAUCUUAUGUUUAUCGCAUCGCAUAUCGCUGUCACAUUAUUCAAGUUUAUUGCAUAUCACAUUUUUCCUCUUAACCGUGGAUCCCUAGUGGUCGGUUCUUAAUUUGUUUAUUCUUUAGAAAUGAUUUAAAAAGGCUAAUAUUUAAUAUGUUGGUUCAGAGAAAUAAGAAAUGAGACUUGUUAUACGAGGUAAUAAUGUUAUUUUGCCUAUUUUACCAUACUGACUUUCUCGCAUUUUCUUAAUAUCAACAUUUUGAAUAUUAUCCUUGCAAUAUGUCCCUACCAACUUUCAAACCUAUGCCCUUGAUGUUGUGAUCUCUAAGCUUUGGUUCAUGGCUUAGAUUUUAUUUUGAUGAUUUUUUUAAGUCCUUAUGGAGAAAAUAAAUGGGAAAAAUACUCCCAGAACCAAGGAAGCUGAAAAAGUGGGCAGUCAUUCUUUAAUCACUAUCUCUUGAAUACAAUUAUACAAAAUGAGAAAAAGCAAAAGUGAUCACUUUGCUGGAAUCGUGUUUGAAUUACUGCCAACUACAAUUGUAAUGAAAAGACAAACCUGUGAUUUUAAACUAUGUAAACUAUGAAUGAACUAGUAAACUAUGAAUGAAUUUAUGGGGGAGUUAUUCCUUUAACUGGUUUCAUUCAAGUCAAAAAUAUUAUAUGACUGAAUCAACCUGACUACUUUUACAUUAUGUUACACCAGCUAAAGUCAUUUUAAGGGUCUAAUCAGGUAAAUAAAAAUAAAAUAAAGCUCCUAAAGGAAACAACUGCUCAUUUCUAUUUUUACAGUAAUACCUUUGUGUAGCACAUUGAACACUUUUAUUUUAAAAGAACAAGAAAAGUACUGUUUUCCAUGAUAAAUUCUCUUUAAAUGAAGAGGGAAGCAAAAGCAAAAAUACUACUAAAACAACUUCCUAAAAACCCUGCACUUUAUAUUAAGUUGCUAAGUAGCUCUGAUAUUGUCACAUGUAAAGUUACAAUGUACCACGAGAAUUAAUUCUCCCUACACUUUAGAAAUUCUGUGCUUUUUGCUCAAUGAUAACCUAAAAAAAACAGGCCGAGUGAAAUGUACCCGAAGCAUUUAAAUGAAUGCAAACUUAAUCAAAAGAACAAACAUCAGGGAUCAUACAGAUCUGACAGUGAGAAAUCAGUCAACACUGACCUAAUCUCUCUUGUAACCCCGUCACUGUUCUUCAAACUACAGCGAUCCAGUCAUGCUGUCUGUCUUUUUCUAGUGAAGGCAUGUGUCUUGUGACCAGCUCUAAAACUCAAUUACCCGCUCCUCUUUUUUCUCAUUCUGUCUGCUGUUUUUACAGAAAUAUUUUGCUUGUGCUCUACACUCCAUCUCCAGAAAAUCAUAAUGCUCAAAACAGGCUCAAAUAAUGCUCUGAACAAACCAUAACAAACAAAGCAGCAAUUUUAACCUCAUGGAAAAACUUUCAGUUUCAAUGAAGAACUAGGCUCAUGCAUCACAAAACACUCUGAACCAAAACCAACUUGAAAAAUGUAUCAGACACUGUUAGGCCAGACACAUACUCCACGCAAACACGUGAACGUGAAUGCUUCUAGAAUUGCUUUGCCAGACCGCAAUUCAUAACGCAACACAAAUACUGGUUUAUACAUAGGCUACCGCACAGCUAUCAUAUACCAGCUGGCUCCCGUAACACCCGUAGUUAGAUUGAAUAUGUUUAUAGCAAGCUACUUCAAUAAUAAGAAAUCCAUUUUAAAAUCACAGACAUUUGAAAGUAACUCUAUUGCCCUCUUGAGUACUGAGGUUCAGUACCGCCAGAGCAACUCAAGGCAGAAUAUGUAUGUUCAAUAUGAACGUACACCUAGCAUCUGUGUUUGCAUACUUACGUAAAGUAUGCUUCUGGCCAUACUCUUUCUAUCUUGGAC